AUGGCGACUGGCUAUGCCCAGAUGAUACAGGCCUGGACUCAAGGGAGACCGGCCAGUAAACAUGAACGCGAUACUCAAACACAAGGUAAUAGCAAUGAAUCAGUCAAAAUAUUGCUAGGCGUCGUUCUCGGCGUCGCAGUGUUUUUCAUUCUGAGCAUGAUGAUCGCUCUCUAUUGCCAUCGACGGAAUCGCAGAAUGGUCGAGGACCCCAAUUGCAAGAUCUCAUUGAAUCGCUUGCAAAAGUUAGAGUCGGUCGCGCCGACGCGCAGCUUAGAGGAGUGGUGGCCUACGGUGAAAGAAUCACUCGGUCUCUCUCAAGGGCUGGAAAAUCAUUUUGUUUGUGUUGUCUGUUUCGACGAAGUCGAACGCACACAAGAGAUCCAUGAGCUCAAGUGUUUACAUGUUUUCCACAAAGAAUGCUUGGAAAAGUGGUAUCUUCGAAGCCAUUACACGUGCCCCAUGUGUCACCGUGUCUUUUUCGAAGAGCGAGACCGGUUUAUUUCCUCAGCAAACAUGAAUUUUGCCAUAUUCACCUAG